CAUGGCAGAUUCUUCCAGCGAAACAAUAUCAAAGAAGUGAGUAUUGUGAGUGAUAAUGAUUACUACAAGAACUUUUGCCGCCAUAACUGGCGUUUGUAGGCAUCAAAUUUCGUUCAGCCGUUUGAUAAAUUUUUCUACUGCAAUCAGCAAACGCGAAUUAAAGAGGCGGCUAAAAGCUGAACAAAAACUGAAGGAGAAAACCGAAAAGGCCGCAGAGCAGCUGGUCGCGCCAGCUGCUGAAAAGAAAGCCUUAAAGGCGGCGGAGGAAGAAAUCAGCCCUAAUGAGUAUUACAAACUUCGCACGGCUGCCAUCUCGGCACUCAAGAAAGGCCCGAAAGAAGACCAUCCCUACCCACACAAAUUCAAUGUUUCGAUCUCAUUGGAAGAGUUUAUUGAAACCUACAAAAAUUUGCAAAGUGGAGAAGUAUUAGAAAAUGUAACUGUAUCUGUGGCUGGUAGAGUCCAUUCUAUAAGACAGUCUGGUGCUAAACUAAUUUUUUAUGAUUUAAGAGGAGAGGGUGUCAAACUUCAGGUAAUGGCAAAUGCAAAAAUGUAUGAAUCUGAAGACAAAUUUGAAAUGGACACUGACAAGCUGCGGAGAGGUGACAUCAUUGGUUGUGUGGGGCAUCCUGGCAAGACCAAGAAGGGAGAACUCUCCAUCAUCCCCAGAUCCAUUAAGCUCCUAGCUCCUUGCCUUCACAUGCUUCCACAUCUACACUUUGGACUUAAGGAUAAAGAAACGAGAUUUAGGAAGAGAUAUUUAGAUUUGAUCUUAAAUGAUAAGGUUAGACAAAUCUUCUAUACCAGAGCAAAAAUUAUAUCUUAUGUGAGGAGGUUUUUUGAUAAUCUGGGCUUCCUGGAAAUAGAGACACCAAUGAUGAACAUGAUUCCCGGAGGAGCUGCGGCCAAGCCGUUCGUCACACAUCACAAUGAUUUGAACAUGGAUUUGUAUAUGAGGAUUGCUCCAGAGUUGUAUCACAAGAUGUUAGUUGUCGGUGGCCUGGACAGAGUAUAUGAAAUUGGAAGACAGUUCAGGAAUGAAGGCAUUGAUUUAACUCACAAUCCUGAGUUCACAACUUGUGAAUUUUAUAUAGCUUAUGCAGAUUACAAUGAUGUUAUUGUUAUAACAGAAAGCUUAAUUUCUGGUAUGGUGAAAAGUAUUCAUGGUACAUACAAGAUUAAAUAUCAUCCAGAUGGACCAGAUGGUGAGGAGGUGGAAAUAGAUUUUACACCUCCUUUUGCAAGAAUGCCCAUGAUUCCUACUUUAGAGAAAGCUCUUGGUGUUAAAUUACCUCCAGCAGACCAGUUCACUACACCUGAAGUAAAUGCUUUGCUCUGUCAAUUGUGUGAAAAACAUGAGGUGGAGUGUCCACCACCAAGGACUACAGCAAGAUUGUUAGAUAAAUUGGUUGGUGAAUUCCUAGAAGAAAAGUGUAUUAACCCAACAUUUAUUUUAGACCAUCCACAAAUCAUGAGUCCUUUGUCUAAAUAUCAUCGUGAUUUGCCUGGAUUGACUGAGAGAUUUGAGCUGUUUAUUAUGAAGAAAGAAGUAUGCAAUGCAUAUACAGAAUUAAAUGACCCGGAAACGCAGAGAGAGCGGUUUGAGCAGCAAGCAAAGGAUCGUGCAGCUGGUGAUGAUGAAGCACCACCAUCUGAUGAAGGUUUCUGCACAGCUUUGGAGUAUGGCCUCCCACCUACUGGAGGCUGGGGAAUGGGCAUUGAUCGCUUAACCAUGUUCCUUACAGACUCCAAUAAUAUCAAGGAGGUCUUGCUGUUUCCGGCAAUGAAACCUGAUGAGCCCAAUAAAAAUACUGAAGAAAAUGCAGCAGAAAAUUCAGUACAAAAUGGAGCAUAAUAGUUUUUAAGUGUGUAUUAUUUGUGUUCUUUGUUGACCUGCUAUUGUAAACCUUUAUAUUGUUUUGAAUUAUAAUGUAAUAAAUUAUUACUAUUAUAUGUACACUAGAACAUGCAACUUUCUAUUUGUAUAAUUAAACACAGAA